UCUCGGAUUGGUUGGCUCCUUUUGGGUAUACCUUUACUCCGUACUUUUGUUCUGUAUCUUUUUAUUUUUGGGCACGGUGGUGUUAUGUUUGCAUAGAAAGUGCAUGAUCUUCAAUGUUCAUCUGUUUCGACUCGCACAAGUCAUGGGCACAACAAGGUGUUUUUUUUUUAUUUUUGGGCAAAAGGAAUAGAUCGGGUUGCAUGGGAUACAGGAAUGGUUUACUAGAUUGGGGGUAUCUAUCGGACUUUAGGGGGUUUGGGCACAACUAUGGUGUUUUUUUUGGGUUUUGGGUUUUGGGCUCAUCUUUCGGCUUUUCCACAUCAAAUCAUUUCCUCGCGGCGAUCAUCCAUCACAGACAUCAACAAAGUGUCAAGGACGGACUCGAGAAAUAAGAGUUGGACAGGUAUUUGUCACGGUCGCGAAUAACUAGAUACGGCAGGGCAGGGUACAGACAGGUAAGGUAAGUUCCGUGAGGUAGAGGGUAGAAGGGGGGA